AGACACAUUAACAGUGUAAGGACGCCCGCCGCUCCACACACAGCGCUACCCCAGUCGGCCAGCCUGCUCCAGACCAGCUGCUGCUGCUUCAUGCAGACACUCUGGAUCCGUCACACAUCUCCACCUGCACAAACACGUGUGACCAACAAGUCUACACUUGAACUGGACAUCUAAAACGUCUCCGUCUUUUUACUUUUGUUUGCAUUUUGCAUCUUUUUUUUUAAUGGUACAAUGUCAUCUAUGCCAGGAACGGUACCGCGGAUGAUGCGCCCGGCUCCCGGACAGAACUAUCCCCGCACCGGCUUCCCUCUGGAAGUGUCCACUCCUCUGGGCCAGGGACGGGUCAACCAGCUCGGAGGGGUCUUCAUCAACGGCCGGCCGCUGCCCAACCACAUCCGACACAAGAUCGUGGAGAUGGCCCACCACGGGAUCCGGCCCUGCGUCAUCUCCCGACAGCUGCGGGUCUCCCACGGCUGCGUCUCCAAGAUCCUCUGCCGCUACCAGGAGACCGGCUCCAUCCGGCCCGGAGCCAUAGGAGGCAGCAAGCCCAGGCAGGUGGCCACGCCGGACGUGGAGAAGCGGAUAGAGGAGUACAAGCGGGACAACCCCGGCAUGUUCAGCUGGGAGAUCCGGGACAAGCUGCUGAAGGACGGGGUGUGUGACAGAAGCACAGUCCCUUCAGGUGAGGCCUCCUCUGUGAGCUCCAUCAGCCGCGUACUACGAGCUCGAUUUGGAAAAAAGGACGAUGAGGACGAGUGUGAGAAAAAGGAUGAAGACGGAGAAAAGAAAACCAAACACAGCAUCGACGGCAUCCUCGGCGACAAAGGCAGUCGGAUGGAUGAAGUGUCGGACGUGGAGUCAGAGCCUGAUCUCCCCCUGAAGAGAAAGCAGCGCAGGAGUCGGACCACGUUCACAGCAGAGCAGCUGGAGGAGCUGGAGAAGGCUUUCGAAAGAACCCACUACCCCGACAUCUACACCAGGGAGGAGCUGGCCCAGAGGACUAAACUCACUGAGGCCAGGGUUCAGGUUUGGUUCAGCAAUCGAAGGGCCAGGUGGCGAAAACAAGCAGGAGCCAAUCAGCUAGCAGCUUUCAACCACCUGUUGCCAGGCGGAUUUCCUCCCACGGGGAUGCCAACACUUCCUACGUACCAGCUGCAAGAGUCCAGCUACCCAACCAACACUCUGAGCCAAGACGGUGGUGGAACUCUUCACCGUCCGCAGCCUUUACCUCCGUCCACCAUGCACCAGAGCGGUCUGUCCAGCACUGACAGCAGCUCUGCCUACGGUCUGUCCUCCAACCGUCACAGCUUCUCCAGCUACUCUGAUUCUUUUAUGAGCUCUGCAGCACAGAGCAACCACGUCAACCCUGUCAGCAAUGGACUCUCCCCACAGGUGAUGAGCAUCCUGAGCAACCCCAGCGGCGUUUCCUCACAACCACAACACGACUUCUCCAUCUCACCGCUCCACAGUGCCUUGGACUCCUCUCCAUCCAACGCCAUCUCAGCCAGCUGCAGCCAGCGUUCAGCUGAGGCCUCCAUUAAAACGGUGGACAGCCUUCCGUCAUCCCAGUCCUACUGUCCCCCCACAUACAGCACCACCAGCUACAGCAUGGACCCAGCUAUGGCUGCUGCCGGCUACCAGUACAGUCAGUACGGCCAGACUGCUGUGGAUUACCUGGCAAAGAACGUCAGCCUGUCCAGUCAGCGCAGGAUGAAGCUGUCUGACCACUCAGCUGUUCUGGGACUGCUGCAGGUGGAGACGGGCCAGGCCUACUAGUCCUCACCUGACACGCAUGCACCAUGACACCUGGUCACCAGCACACCCACCCAUCCUGCUACCACCCAUACAAACCUCCCAGAGACUCUGUGUGUGUGUGUGUGUGUGUGUGUGUGUGUAUGUGUGUGUGUGUGCGUGCGUGCGUGCGUGCGUGCGUGUGUGUGUCAUAGAUUGACUAUACAGUACAUUGGGCUGAUAUUUAGUUUUUUUUAAUACUUUUUUUGAUGUUACAGUUUUUCCAGGGCUUAAGGAUUGAAUGAUGCAGCUGUCCAAGCUUUAAACAUUCCCCAUGGGACCAACCAAAUACAAUAAAUGAAUAUUGUUCUACAUUUAUUGUUCAUAUUGCACUACAUUCUGUACACAAUAAUGGUGGAAUUGAAUUUUAUUUAAUAAGUAUUAACUAGUGAUAUAAACAAUAACCAAGUAAACCCGGAGCCAAUGAAUUUAGACUGCAUGUACAGUAACUAGUGACCUGCUAUUUAAAAUAUAUUUCAUAAAAACUUUUAAAAAAAACAGCUCUUCUGUGAGUCAGCAAACAACUUGUGUUGUCAGACAACUGCACAUGUGAUUUGAUUCGGGCUCAUGAAUUCUACCUCAGGUUCAGGUGUGUUGUACUUACAGACGGGUGGUGAGAGUUAAAACCACUGCAGGGCAGGAAAAACACAACUUUUUGGUUGCUGUCUUUGAGAAAUUGUGACUCAUGUAGACAGAUUUAGUGUUUCGAGUUUUAAACAUAAAGAAUAAAAUACCAGGGCAACCAUAAUACUUUGUUUUAAUUGUUAUGUGAAACUGAUCAACUUUAUAGAUAUCAGCACAAGAUAUUGGCAGCUUCAAAAGAAAAAAAAAAGUGUCAGCCUCCAGGAACCCAUGUGUGCAUGUGUGUAUAAGUAUGUGAGGGAGAUAAACACCUGUGUAGCAGACUGAUAUGGAUUAAUUCAGCCAUUCCAGAAGAGAUCUGGUCUCUGUUCUGACACUGCAGUCCCUCUUAUCAACAACAAGACCUCCUGAAGAGCUUUGGCAAUAGUUGGAGGUCAAACAAGCUCCUGACUGAGCAGCUGACAUUCACUCCUGACUGGGUCGGACAUUUCUCCAGGCAGCUUGGUACCAGUCACUACAGUUACUUUCUUCACUUUUAUUUCUUUAGAUUUCACUUCAAGUUAAUGUCUUCCUUCUUGCAUUUAUCAAUGAAAACCACCACUGGGUUGUACACAGCACAUCCACUGUCCUUAAGACUAGUUUGUGUUGUUAAUUUUAUAAGUAACUCUUCCAUUCUUGAUAAAUGUGUUCCAUAAAGAAAUAUAAUGCUGUGUAGAUUAUGUUUCUGUACUAUGGCGUCAUAUUUGAGUCAAAAGUCGCGCGAGCGAUAACACAUCUGCACGCGCAUUUAUUUAGUGUCACGCGCGCAGAUUUCAACUGCCGCGUAAACUGAAAAGGCAGCCACGUGGAGGGCUGGAAAGUGACCAAUAAUAAGAGGCCCGGGGUCAGCCUUGGUCCCGCCCCCAAUGUGUCAUUAGUCCUCGCUCCGCGCGAGCAGAGCUCCACCGCGAGCGAGCACGGGGGAGAUUCUGCUUCACUCAGUUGCUGAAUAUGUGCGCGAAGAUCAUCCAAUUGCGCGCGGCAGUUGAAAUCUGCGCGCGACAUGAAAUAAAUGCGUGUGCAGAUGUGUUAUCGCUCGCGCGACUUUUGACUCAAAUAUGACGCCAUACUCUUCGACUGAAUGUUCAUAUUGAGCAUACCUGCAAAUUGUUUACUGCCAGUGUUUUCACAUCAUCUGCUCACGACAACUAAAGUUGGUUACAGAGGCAAAACUUUUGCCAUAGUGCCUAUGUAUGAAAUCCUAUAGACACCGUUCACUUCACCAAUGAGUUUCAACUACUGGGAGGAAAAUUGGGACUUAAAUAAAAUUAAUAAUGUACAUGAAGAUAGAGUUAAUCUUAAUUGUUUCAGCUCCAGAGAGCACCAGGCCUCAAUCUGUAACAGGUUGACAUUAGACACAGGUCUUCAAUUGUAAUCUCCCUAGAAGUACAUUUGAUCAUAUUUUAGUUUUUAAAAAGCCUCCCUGGUUUCUGAUCUGCUCUGAUCCUGUUUAAAUUUAACGUUGACACAAACUCAACACUUCCUCCAUAUUUAAAUUUUCACUGUUCUUUUGAUCACUGAUAAGCGUGAUUGUAGAAUUACGUUCACUUCCUGCAUCGAUGUUUCAAAUGACUACCUUCAAGAAAUUAGCAUCAUGCUCUAGCACCCUUUAAUGUAAUAAUAUCCUGAUAAUGUAAUAACUCCUGAAAAUGUAGUCAAAUUUG